AUCACCGCCGCACUUGUUGUGUGCGCGCCCGACGACCGCCGCUGCGCCGUGUGACGCCAUUUAGUUCGAAGUCUCUUAAAAAACACGCCGAAACUACAAAUGAGUGGUGAUAUGUCUCGAAUGCAGCUCGGUGGCGAUGCGGAUUUUAAUUUCACUAAACGCGGCGGUGUCGAUGUCGAGGCUCGUCGCGCUCGCGAUUCCACAUUUCGUGUGUUUGCCGUGGAUUAAUUGCCGACAAUGACGAGCAAAGUCUGUGUUUGCUGUUGAAAGUUAAACAAUAUCACUUCAACUUCUAGUCUAGUGUGGGCAUGCACGUGAGCACCACAAAAGGAAGUUUAAACACGAAAAGUGCGAGUUCAACGCGUGGGAAUAAGAUAUAAGAAAAAUAAAAACUAGUGCGGGUGAAUCAAUGUUAAUUGUUGUGAGAAGUAAUUAAAAUGGCACGUGUGGGUGAAGAACAACUCUUGGGGACGGGAACAACGAGUUCCAGUCGCGGGAAAGACGCGGAGGCAGAGUCAAGUUCACCCAAUGAGCAGUCACAGUCUUAUAAUGAGGAGAGUGAGCCAAUCGAGAGGAAAAUUAAGUUGCCAGCUAGAGAUUUGUUCAAACAAAUACUCCUUGCUUGCACAAUACAUUCGGUGGUUAUCCAAGCCGGUAUAAAUUUAUCAUUCAGCGCGGUGUUACUUCCACAAUUAGCCGCCGAAUACAACGCGUCAACCGAAAGUUUAAAUAACGCAACUUCCCCGACAGAAACACCAACAACAAACAACAACAGUACAAUUUAUAUUGACAAAGACGCCGCAUCUUGGAUAGCUAGUCUAGUAACACUUUCCUUACCCCUUGGAGCACUGAUCGUGGGUUCACUAAUGGACAAAUUCGGCCGCAAGAGAAUCGCAAUGCUAACAACAAUCCCGUUCACCACCGGCUGGCUCUUACACUACUGGGCGCAAAACGUAAACAUGAUCUACGCGGCUCGUAUCAUCGCUGGUUUCGGCUCGGGGCUGUCCACCGUCUGUCUUAUCUACGUCGCCGAAUUAUCUCACCCAAAACUACGCGCGAUGUUAUUGAAUCUGAACAGCCUCUUUGUUUGCUUUGGAAUACUCAUUACAUGCGCCAUUGGUUCUGUCCUACACUGGAGAACAAUGUCCCUCUGCUACGCAACCCUCUCCCUCUCCAGCUGCUUAUCAAUCAUGCUCCUCCCCGAAUCCCCCCACUGGCUGCACUCCUUCAAAAACAAAACCUCACACGCCACAAAAAUCCUCUCCUGGCUAUACUCCGACGACGCCGUCUUCCAAAUCGAAGAACGCCGCCUCUGGGACAACCAAAUCCAACGCCAGCGCCAAACCUACCGCGACAUCGCCGCCACAUUCACCACCCCCAUCGUCUACAAACCCCUGCAACUACUCUUCAUCCUCUUCCUCCUGCAACAACUCACAGGCUGCUACGUAAUAGUAUUCUACGCAGUGGAUGUCUUCAAACUCAUCGGCAACGGCAUGGAUGAAUACAGCGCGCUUAUCCUCCUCGGUGCCAUACGUUUCGUGGCGGCCAUCUUGUCAUCCAUAACAUCCAUCCGUCUAGGACGUAAGAUACUACUCAUAACAAGCGCGGCUGGUAUGUUAGUCUCCGCAUUACUGGCAGCAUCAUCAGUGGGCCAUACCACAUCCUGGUGUGUGUUGAGUUACGUCGCAUUCGGGAGCAUAGGAGUGUUGGUUAUUCCCUGGACGUUGAUCGGGGAGCUGCUACCGUUGAAAGUACGCGGGAAACUGGGCGGGUUUCUAUUCGCAUUGGCGUAUUUAUUCAUGUUUGGCAUGGUUAAAGGAUACCCGUAUCUAUCAGCUAUUGUGGAAAUCAGGACAAUGUUCUAUUGGUUGGUCGGGGUGAAUGCUGUGAUGAUUUAUUUUGUGGCGGCGAGAUUACCGGAGACUUUCGGGAAGAGUUUCCGGCAAAUCGAGGAAUAUUUUCUAGCUUAAUUUACUAACAAAAUUUUACCUGAUGUGAUAAUAAAUAUUUUAAAUUUUGA